AUGCACAACAUGUGCAUGACAUUGACAGUUGACACAUUGACAUUUUGAUAAGAAGAUGUGACGUGAGAAACUUCAAAAAUGGGAAAUGAAAAUGGCGACAACACACUCAACACAUUCAUAGACGAGUGUUGUUUGUUGUGUUAAAGUUUCAUAAAACUAACCAUUUGUUGUAUUGUCCUUUAAAAAUAACGUAUUGUGAUACGGACAGAGCAGACACCAAACCUAAACAGUGCUAGUUGUUUGUGAGAUUCGUAAAAAAACGUUUAGUAAAUGUAUUUUUAUCCUCGUCAUGAAGUUAUUUACAUAAUUUUGCAAGAGUUCUCGAGGCGCGAUGUUUACCCCAGUGUUGUUAGUGUUUUUGUUGUGCCGAAUUAGUGCCGAAUCUGUUACAGUGAAGUAUCGGUGUGAAGUGAGUAGCAAUGAAACUGCUGUCACGACAUUCUCACCUUCAUCGGACGGAGUCAGGGGUCGUUACACUGCGGAACUGUGCGCCCAACAUAAUUCUAAUAUGACAAACUUGACAAUAAAUCUAACUUAUAAUGAUAAUAAAAAUGUGUGCAAUCGCACCAGAAAGCACAGAUGGUACACAAGGCCUGGUCAUCAGCACUCUUCUAACACUGUAGACAUAACUAAUUUGACUAACUGUACCCGGGUGUGUUACGCUAUGGACUUUGAUAUGAUAUUUAGUGGCUGUUAUGAGAUCAAGAGUACAUUCACUGAGGGUAAAAGAAGUGGUGCUCCAUUCGACUCAUACCACCUUAUUAAUAACUCCAUCUCCAAGGAGGACUAUGACAAAAACAAGCCUAACAUUAACUUUGUCAACCACGAUGAUUGGGUGUCACUGCACUGGUACCUGGGAAUACCUCUGGUAGACUACAAUGUGACGCUGCACAGAACUGACAGCAAACAGGAGCAGGAGUACUUAAGCCAGGCUGAGGUUGUUACACAAAACUGCAGUGUGAUGGAAAAUGUGGAGGAGCUGUUCUGUGAGCUAUCACCAGAGUAUGGAUGCUACCAGGCCAUACUGGAGCAUGGCGGCCUGUGGACAUCCGGCAUAUUCACUGACAUGAGAUUUGUCAAGUAUAGUUUCUGCCACCAGGCGGCGGCGGCGCCGUCGCUGCGCGCGCGCGGGGGCGCGGGCUGGGGCGGCGCGCUGCUGGCGGCGGCGGCGCUGGCGGCCGCGCUGGCGCUGCACCGCGCGCUGCGCCGCCGCUCCUACCACAAGCGCAUGCUCGACAUCAUGUUCCGGAACCGCUUCAGUGAGCCGGAGACGCCGGCGCCGGCGCCCGCGAUGCCCGAGUCUCGCGACAUACUGCUACUGUACGCGCGCGAGGGAGACCUCGGACAAGAAGUCGUGGACGCACUCAAGGACCUCAUCACCGAAACAACUGGAGCCAAGAUCUACGACCUGUUCAGCGCGGAGGUGGUGGCGGCGCUGGGCGCGGCGCCGGGCGCGUGGCUGCGCGGCGUGCUGGCCGGCCCGGCGCGCGUGCUGCUGCUGCAGGGGCCCGCGCUGCACGCGCUCUACGACCUGAGGCUGCAGGGGGACCAUCGGGGACUCACGUUAGCGGCGCCGGGCCGCGGGCGGCGCGCCAUGUACCGGCGCCCGGCCGUCGGCGACGACCUGCUGGCCGCCGCGCUGCGCCAGCUGGCCGACACCCCGCACCGGCACCACCACUACCACAAGUACUACCUCGCCACCGUGUCGGGGCUGGAGACGGACAUCUUGCCGAGCGUGGUCCCGUACCGGCGCUACUUGCUGCCCGAGGCGGCGCGGGUACUGCUGGCCGACCUGGGCGGCGCGCCGGCGGGCGGCGGGCCGGCGGGCGGCGGGGGGCAGCCUGUCCCGGCUGCAGGCGGCGACGGCGGCGCUGGUGUCGCACGCGGCGGCCCGGCCGGACUACCUGCACGACGAACUCAUCCUGCUGCAACCCGACCCCUAGCGCACCACUCGCCUCGCACUGAGGUCUCUAUCUACACGUCCAUUUCUUCAUAUUCUAAGCGCCCACGGUCAGCUAUAGGUGAUAAACUUACUUGUACUUAAAUAAAUGAAAUAAUGAAAGUACAUUAUUCAUUUCCAAUUUUAAAAUCGAUUUUUUAAUCUGUUUUUGAAAUAUCAAAAACGCCAUUCGCCAUAUUGCGUUCCAAGGUCAAUAGACUAUUGGGUUGUGUUAAUUGUAACAGCUAAGCAUUUAUAGUCAUGCAAACUUAACGUAUACACAAAGUUUCAACUCAAUAAUCGAUUGAAGAUUUUUGCUUCAACAUUUUCUUGCAAGAUUCUACUUCACAGACAUGAAAAAUUAAAUAAAAACUUAGGUAACAUUAGCGGAUGGUCCAAUUUUCGUUUGUCAUCUAUAACCGACCGUGGUGAUCAAAAGAUUACACCACUUCACUUCUCCCAACCGAUGGCAUUUAUAGAACGAUACGUUCUAGUCGUUUUAUAUAAAUAUUCGAGAUUCUACUGAAUAUGAAACUAGGAUUAGAGCAACGUGUAACUUGUACGUGAUAUUGUAAAUAUUAAUGUAGAACUAUAUAGUGCUUCCAUGACAUAACGUGGGCAACAUAUAGACGCCAUGCGUCGAAUCUCAACAUAUUGUAUGUGCUUUGAUAAAGAAAAUGUCUACUUAUUACAGCAGUGCAUCAUCACUCACUCUAAGAAUAUCUUUUAAUUCAAUACCAAGAUUUAAAAAAAUGUAAUAUAUCACUCCUUAAAUACUAAAUAACAGAAUACAGAUGUGAAUUAUUCCUUAGAUAUUAUCAACAAACAAAUGUAUGAUGUUGAAAUAUUAUUUUGGGUUCUUUAACUCAAGACUACAGUGUAAUAAUAAUAAUCUGUUGUCAUAUCUGUAAAUACCAUACGUAAUUGAAACAUAAUUCUCUCUAUUGUCAUUUCUACGACAAAAAUGAUCUCGUACGUUUACUGGAGAAAUAAAAACAUUGCUACUUUCGACAGGAGUUUACUAUACUAUACUAUAUAAUAGUUAAUAUGUAAAUAUAUAUCUUAAAUAGUACACAGUACUUAUACUAAAAUGGCUGCUAUUAAGUAUAGGUACAUAGGUUAUAAUACUUAUAAUGUUAUUAUUUUUAAAAAUACAUGUUUCAUAUUAUAUUUGUGGGUGCUAUGCAUUUUAUACAACAAUAAGAUAUUAUAGCACCAUGUUGUGACAUCACAGUUAUUAAAACUACCAAGUUCGGUAGAGUUUACCAAAAAUGAUUGACAGUAUAAUAAAACCAUACUGUUUUACAAUAUACAAAUGCAUGGUACUGAACUUACUAUGUUAUUUUGACACUGGUUUUGUGAUAUCGUCACUAUCGUCUGGAGGCGGACACUACUAAACAAAGGCCUCUCCUUUGAAGAGAAAUAGCCCCACGCUUGGCAGGAGGCUUGGGGAUCGCAGUAAAGAUCCAAACAGUUGAGGAAUAUCAGGCCAUCACGUCCUUCAGUAGGAUGUGCUCGGGUCCCAAGCAAUGUAUGUAAUUGGGUACUUUCCUUAAUCAAAAAUAAAUUAUUUCAUCUGUUCAGUACAAUAAAAUAUGUAUUACAAAAUAAUCACACUUUCAUUAAUUGAUUUCAUGACCAACUUAAUUUUAGUAUUUUUCCAGAAAAUUUAUUAGCACUAAAUAUGUUGUUAGAUGCUAAAAAUGUGUCGAUACCCGAUCUCGUACAAAAUUCAUAGAAAACUGACGUUUUUGGCAGUUCGUAAAAAGUAUUGAAUUUGACUUGUUUGCAAGUACCCAAUUUAUACAGCUCAUGGUGAUUUUAGUCAACAUUUUCCUUCAUGAAAAACAUUUACGAUAUUAUGACAUGAUUGUAUAAGGAUUAUCUUUCAAAGUUUAGAUGAUACAUAAUGAUUAUUUUGAUAUAAUAUCAAUCUUGCCGGUUAAGUACGAAAUACUAAUGUCCGGUGCAUGUCAGAUGCCUGCUAAAUAGAAUAUAAUGUAUAUAUAUGAUAGUGUAAGUGUAGGUAUUGUUGUCAAGUUGUUGUCUGUGUCGUUAUAUUGUUGUAUGCCCCUGUACCUCUCUACUUCCCGGGGACAAUCCAGUUCACUGUCUAUUAUCGUUACCUCAUUAAAAAGAAACAAAUCCACGGGAUUGUAAAUCUUGUGAGACAUUAAAUUAUGAUUAUUGUAUUAUAGCCAAAAUUUAUAGCCGAUCAAACUGAUAUCGAUUCGCAGAUUUUUAAUUUCAGCCGUUAUUCACGUAAUUUAUCUAGUUUCGAGCCACGCUUGCGGCUAUAUUCCUAAGCGGCAUUGGCCGACUCUAGUCAAGUUACCCAAUAAAUUACGUGAUAUUAGAUCAAUUACUUUUAUGUGUUGUUUUUUGUUAAAUUUUUAUAGCGUUAUCGAUGAAUAGACAGUCAAUUUGGUAAAAUGUCCCUGUACCCUCAUAGUAUAAGGUGACCACGUGGUUUCUGUUGCAUUUCUUUGUCGUGGAUGAAUGAAUGCAACGAAUUUGUUAAUCAAAUGCAAUAAAUAAACAUGUUGUCUUUUUGCACCAUUUUCUUUA